AGAUUAGAAGAUGCCCAGUGCCGGUGCCCUUUGUGCACCAGUAAUAACUCCAUUACGUGAUCCAUCAAUUCAACUUCCAGCUAGUCAUAUUAAUUCGUCUACUCACAUAGCUUGUUCUACAGAUUGUGUUGUUGUUUAAGUUUUUUUUUAUGGUGAUAAAAAGUUAAAAGAUUAACAUGCCUACAGUUAGAGGAGGACUCGAUCCCCCAACCAUUACCCCUUUAAAACCACCAACCCCAGACAGACCAAGUUCUUAUGUUGAUAAUUAUACUUAUAUAGAAUUGAGCAUAGAUUCACCAAGUUGUAAAAUAUUUUUCACAACUGAUGGAAGUAAACCAUGUCCAUUUCAACGUAAAAUAUCAGGCAAAGAAUUAACAUUCAAAUAUAUUGCUCCAUUUACUUUAAAACCAGGAAAGAGGGUAUUAAAAGCAGUUUGUGUUAGCAGAGAUGGGCUGCAAGAGAGUGUUGUUGUUACUAGGACAUUUAAUGUAGAAGACAUUAAUUCUACAACAGCUACAGAAAGUGAUGGCUAUGGUUACACUAGUCAUAGUACCAGUAGUUUCUUCGAUACAUCUGACACAGAUAAUACACCAACCAGAUCUCGUAGUCGCAGUAAAUCUAAAAGAGGGAAACCUCUGUCAAGAUCCAGUUCAUUAAGGAAGUCUAAGAAUGGACCUAAAGAAGCAUGGGCGAGUAAUGGUGAUUCUGAAAGAGAAUCUGGUGCAUUUAAUGAUUAUAAUGAAGUGUCUAUACCAGAUGGACCCUUCAAUCCUACAAACUAUGCUGGUACACAGAUAAAUGUAUGGGGUGCCCAUCCUGGCUCAUUACAAGGUUUAGAUGGUACUAACGGUUUAGUAAAUCUAGCAAAUCAACCAAAACAGCCGUAUCCGGUUCAAUAUGGCUACCUCACAGAACAGAUGAUACAGAAUAUGAAACCACAUGAUCCUAGUGUUACAGUUGGAGAUUUAAGGAAACUUCUCAGUGAGCAGAAUUCAAAACAAGUUACAGUUGCCCCUCCACCAGCUAAACCUGCCAUAGAAUAUCAGCCUAUUUAUAAAGAUCCUCCACUUAAUGCUGUUAGUCCAGGAAAUGGGGAUUUUAAAGAUAAUAUAUUACACAUCUAUGCUCAUUUACUGGAGAGAGCUAAGAAAAAUUCUGACUUCAGAUUAGCUAUAGCAGAACCAAAAAUUGGGAAGGUACACGAUGCAGAAUUUAAAGAUGAAGGAGAUAGUUUCAAGUUAAUGGUUGUUUUAACUAAACCUGGUGUAAAGCCCGGUUCAGCAAAGAAACCUGUUGUUAAUAAGAAGAAAACAACAGGAAGCUCGUCUGAUUCUUCAACAAAAACUAAAACACAGCCGGUCAAACCACCUCCAGCUCCCGUUAAAAAGAAAUCAAAUCCAUAUUUUGAUAUGGAGACGGAAAAUUUAAAUACUGAAGGUACAGUUAAAGAGUAUGCCAACUUUAAUGCGGAACAAGAUGCUGAAGUAUUGAGAAAAGCCAUGAAGGGAUUAGGUACUGAUGAAGAUGCCAUUAUUAAUGUAUUAUGCUACAGAUCUAUUCCACAAAGACAAGAAAUAGUUAAAACAUUUAAAACUAUGUUUGGAAAGGAUUUAAUAGAUGAGUUGAAGAGUGAAUUAAGUGGAAACUUUUCAGAUACAAUAAAAUGUUUAUGUAUGGCUCCAGAUGAAUUUGAUGCAUAUCAAUUACGUAAAGCUAUUAAGGGUUUGGGUACAGAUGAAGAUGUUUUGAUUGAGAUAUUAUGUACGAGAUCCAAUGCUCAAAUUCAAAUCAUCAAAAAAACAUACAAGGAAAAGUACAAUAAAGAUCUAGAAAAAGAUAUAAUAGGAGACACAUCUGGACAUUUUAAACGUCUGCUAGUAACAUUAGUACAGGCUAAUCGUAGUGAUAGUAAGGAAGUUGAUAGAAAUAAAGCUCAUCAAGAUGCCCAGGCUUUAUAUCAAGCUGGAGAGAAGAAAUGGGGAACAGACGAAUCUAGAUUCAAUGUCAUUCUAGGAUCUCGUAGCUUUCCACAAUUACGAGCUACCUUUGAGGAAUAUAAAAAGAUCUCUAAGAAAGAUAUUGAACAAGUAUUAAAGAGUGAGAUGUCAGGAGAUAUUUUAAAAGGGUUGCUGACAAUAGUUAGAUGUAUAAAGAAUAGAACGAGUCAUUUUGCUCGUCAAAUACAGAAGACAAUGAAAGGUCUAGGUACUGAUGAUGAAACAUUAGUUCGUGUUGUGGUAUCUAGAUGUGAGACAGAUAUGGUUCAAAUUAAAGAAGAAUUUGAAAAAUUGACAGGACAGACUUUAGAACAGUAUAUUACAGAUGAUAUAUCAGGAGAUUAUCAGAAGGCCAUAUUAUCUUUAGUUACUGGAGGAGAUCCACCUGAUACUGCUAGUAAAUCGGGUAAAGGUUUUGUUGAAGCUGUAAAAAAUAAAACAGAUGAACAAUUAGAUGAAGAAGUUCGACUGGAGACAGAACCUAAACAGGAAGAUCCAACUCUUAAACCUUUUGAUGGUUUUAAUGCUGAAACUGAUUGUGAAGUUUUAAGGAAAGCAAUGAAAGGAUUUGGAACUGAUGAAAAGGCUAUUUUAGAUGUUUUACCUAAAAGAUCAUUUGAACAAAGAGCAGAAAUAGCCAAAACAUUUAAAACUAUGUUUGGCAAGGAUUUAGAAGCUGAGUUAAAGAGUGAAUUAAGUGGAAAUUUUAAAACUAUUUGUACAGGUUUAUUAUAUGGUAGUGCAGACUUUGAUGCUAAACAACUUAAUAAAGCUAUUAAGGGUCUAGGAACAGAUGAGAAGGUUUUAGUAGAGAUUAUAUGUACCAGAACUAACGAACAACUUAAAGCUAUUAAAGACAGUUAUAAAACAUUGUUUUCGAAAGACUUAGAAAAGGAUGUAGUAGGUGAUACUUCCGGUAAUUUUAAACGUAUAUUAGUGUCAAUAUUACAAGCUAAUAGAGAUGAAAGUACCACCUUUGAUAGAAACAAGGCUAAACAAGAUGCUCAAGCCCUUCAUGAUGCAGGAGAGAAGAAAUGGGGAACUGAUGAAUCACGGUUUAAUGUUAUAAUAGCAUCUCGAAGUUAUGCACAAUUACGAGCAACAUUCCAAGAAUACGCUAAGCUAGCCAAUAAUGAUAUUGAUGAUGUCAUCAAGAGUGAAAUGUCUGGUGAUCUAAAAGAAAGCAUGUUAGCUAUUGUAAGAUGUAUACGUAAUAAAGCAGCAUAUUUUGCGAGUGAGUUAUAUCGAUCUAUGAAAGGUCUAGGUACUGAUGAUGAUACAUUGGUUAGAAUUGUGGUGUCACGAUGUGAAGUAGACAUGGUACAAAUUAAAGAAGAAUUUCAAAAGAACUAUAAACAAACGUUAGGAAUGUUUAUACAAGAUGAUACAUCAGGAGAUUAUAGAAAAGCGUUGCUAAUUCUUAUUGGUGAAGAAAAAAUGAUCAAAAAGAAAUAAAUGAGAUGUAAUUAUUUGAUAUUUAAAAGAAAUAUUUUGUAAUUUUACCAUGUAGCAGCAAGCUAGUAUAUAUAUUGCAUAUAUGAACUAUAUUAUUAAAUGGUCUAAAUUUUAUCACAUUUCUUCUUAUUUAUAAUUAUUAAAUAGAUCACAACGUUUAUGUAAUCAGACUCUUCUUGUGCCUUGUAUUUGUCUAAUGGUCUAGAAUGCUAUUGAUAUUUUUGUUGUUGCAAAUAUUAAUGUAUAUUUACUGGAUGUCUCACUUUACUUCCAUUUAUUAUCAUGAAACAGCAAAAGUGUUAGUUGAUAACCUAUAGAUAUUAUUUUUUUUUUUUUGUUUCUGUUCUCAUUCAAACUUUAUUCUACCAUAAUCAUGACUUAAAAAGAUUGAAGAGACUGGCGAAAUACCAUAGUGGUCCCAGCGAAUAAAAAGCAUUUUAAGGCAAAAUUAGGUUAUUUUCAGAGGAUAAUCAUAGAUAUUUCUUGCUAAGGUACUGUACUAUUUUCGGUAAUUAUUUAUAAAAUUUAGGAAAACAUUUUACAUCCUUCCUAUACUCUGUGAACAAAACCGUUAUUUCUGGUAUAACAAUGGUCUCGCUAUGAAAAAAGCACACAAAACAGCCUUAACCCCUAGUGUUAUGUUUUAUACAUGUAUCAUUUACAUUUAUAUGUAUAAUUUUGUCUGUGAUAAAUAUUUUAAUAUUUGUAUUUGAUUUAUAUUAACUUUGUAAUUUAUUUCAAUAAUUCCAUCCAAAAUUUUUAGAAAAUAUAUUACUUAUAUUAAAUCUAUAAUCUACAUAUUGUAUAUCUAGAUUUUACCCUUAAUCCAUGACAUGAUUAUUAGUUUAUACUGUCAAUUAUAAUUUUGUUAGAAACUAUAUGUACUUCUAUAUAAAGUUUAUAUGGUAUUGUUAUAUAAGAUCCUAUAUAUCUUAGAAAUAAAAUGUUCAACUUCAAUAAAAUAUUUGGUAAAAAUAAGUGUGCCUAAUACACCGGAAAAUACCGUAUUAGUGUCCUUGUCAGUUUUGAAAUGGAGGUUCAACAUCCUACUUUUCUGCACUGACUGGGCUAAUGAAGAUGGGCAUGUCGUGUGCUACGAGGGGAAUUUCCCCAGACUGAUGUUCUACUACUUUGUCUUAUUUCGAAUUCCAACUGUCAAUUAAGAUUGAGUUCUUCCUUAUGACCCCCUAAAAAUCUAACAAGAAUAAGUAAUUGUGGAUUGACAGGAUGAUAAAUGACCACAUUAAAAUGUGAGUGUUAGUAAUUGAUAAGGUGCCA